AUGUCGUCCUCGAGCGAGACGCUGCCGCUGUUCGAACACGACGACCCGAGCACCAUGGCGCCCAACACGAAAAAAGCCACGGCAGAGUGCAUCUCGGACGAGGCGCUCAUCCACCUCAAGUCGUACAAGUACUCGAGCGUCGACAAGUCCCCCGUGUCCAAAUACAUCCUCGGCCCUUGGUGGAAUUUCUUCGUCGAGCUCCUGCCGCUAUGGCUCGCCCCCAACAUGGUCACCCUGCUGGGGUUUUUCUUCAUCCUCGGCAACAUUGGCCUGCUCAUCAUCUACAUGCCCGACUUGGUCGGCCCGGGACCGACAUGGCUGUACUUUAGCUUCGCCUUUGGCCUCUUCAUGUACCAGACCAUGGACAACGUCGACGGCAAGCAGGCCCGACGGACGGGCACGUCGAGCGGGCUGGGCGAGCUGUUCGACCACGGCAUCGACUCCCUCAACUGCACCCUGGCCAGUCUGCUCGAGACGGCGGCCAUGGGCCUCGGCACGUCGCCCGCCGGCAUCUUCACGGCCCUGUGCCCGUGCCUGCCCAUGUUCUUCUCGACGUGGGAGACGUACCACACGCACACGCUGUACCUUGGCGUCUUCAACGGACCGACCGAGGGCCUGCUCAUCGCCUGCGGCAUCAUGAUCCUCUCGGGCAUCUACGGCCCCGGCAUCUACACGCAGCCGCUGGCCGACAUCUUUGGCGAGUCGCUGCCCGGGCUGCGCGAGUGGCUGGGAAAGACGACGUUCCGGGACAUCUGGGUCGGCAUCAUCGUCAUCUCGCUCGUCGUGGGGCACAUUCCUUUUUGCGUCCUCAACGUGGUCCAGGCGCGGCGCAAGCGCAACCAGCCGGUGCUGCCCGUGUUUCUCGAGUGGACACCCAUGGCCGUCUUCACCAUCUGCAUCGGCGCCUGGGUCUUCUCGCCGUACAGCACGCUGAUGCGUGAGAACCACCUCAUCCUCUUCUGCCUCACCAUGUCCUUUGUCUUUGGCCGCUUCACCACCAAGAUGAUCCUCGCGCACCUGACGCGCCAGCCCUUCCCGUACUGGACCGUGAUGCUGUGGCCGCUGGUCGGCGGCGCCAUUGUCGGCAACCUGCCCCUGUUCGGCCUGCCCGAGAUCAGCCCCGUGGCCGAGCUGUACUACCUCUGGGCGUACUUUGCCUUUGCGCUGGUCGUCUACUUCCGCUGGGCGUAUCUGGUCAUCACGAGCAUCUGCAACUUCCUCGGCAUCAACGCCCUCACGAUCCCGAAGGACAAGCAGAUUGCCAACAAGCAGGCCCGCGACGCGACCAAGCUGCACUGA